GAUGUCGGGGUGUGAAACUCUUCCCUAUCUUCCCUUCUCCCCGGCGACAAGGUGCAUCCGAAUCCUCGACCGUUUGGCUAUGGCGGCUGCGAGAAGCCCUUGCUGGAUCCUGCCGCGGGGGCACGGCCAGCACGCUCCAGGUCACCGCCCUGAUGCUUAUGCUGCUGUGCUACUGGAGCAUCCACGCGCCGGUUUUGACGGGAUGGUUCAGGCGGACGAGACAGGCGAUGGUGCAAGCAUUAACACACAUCGAUCCCAGCCAGGUUAUCUUCUUCGAUCAUCCCUGCCACAGGACGCAUUAGACAGCGAAGUCCAGCCCAAACCGCCAGUGUCAUCUGCCGUGAUUGCAGCAGCAGAGGAGUGCAUGACCCUCCAGGAACUUUGUCCAUGGACCAUGUUGAGGUCAAAGAAGGGCUCACUCAGACCCAAUAAGAUUCGCAGAUCUAGCCAUCACUGCAGUUGCCCACCUCUGGGAGGGCGCUAA